AUGCGCAACCUGAAAAGCGUGCGCCUGACGGAGGUGCAGCUCCAGGGCGAGCUGCCACUGACCGCCACCGCUUGGGAUGCGGCCUCAGACUCUCUCAUCUGUACAUUCGGGCCUGCGGCGGACAAUCAGGCCAUCGAGUUGAGAAGAAAGCGCCAGGAUGCCCACUUUGCACACCCCGCCAGGCCCGAGGACUUGGACCUGAUCGCGUCCUGGGACGCGCCAUGUCCCCUACCGGACUUGGCUUGCGAUCGUGUGCUGUCGCUGCAAUAUUUCGCAGACAAUCUGACGGCGAUCCUCGUUCUGGAAGGGGGAGAUAUUGUGAUCGUCCGCGAGGAUCCUCAGCCCGGCGAAGACAAAAUCGAGAUUGUGGGUUCCGUUGAUGUCGGCAUCACCGCGGCGGCGUGGUCCCCGGAUGAGGAGCUGCUGGCGAUUACGACCAGAGCGAACACCUUCCUCUAUAUGACGAGAGAAUUCGAGAACGUUGCCGAGAUUACUUUUACGCCGGAAGACCUGAAGCUUUCACGCCAUGUCUCCGUGGGCUGGGGAAAGAAGGAGACUCAGUUCCAGGGCAAGAGAGCGAAAGCGCUGCGGGACCCGACGAUGCCCGAAAAAGUGGAUGAAGGCAAAUUGAGCAGUUAUGACGAUGCCAGAACGACCAUCAGCUGGCGUGGCGAUGGUGCCUUUGUCGCCGUGAACAGCAUCGAGACCGGCGUCCGUCGAGUCAUCCGAGUCUACUCCAGAGAGGGAACUCUGGACAGUGUUAGCGAACCGGUGGACGGCCUCGAAGGAGCUCUGAGCUGGAGGCCAGCGGGCAAUCUCAUCGCUGGCAUUCAGCGGCUCGAGGACCGGAUUGACGUCGUGUUCUUUGAGAGGAACGGGCUGCGGCACGGUCAAUUUACUCUGCGACUCUCCGAAGAGGAGCGAGCGACUUGGGCGUCAAGUAUCCAUCUGGACUGGAAUAUCGACUCUACCGUGCUCGCCGUCAGGUUUCGAGAUCGGAUCCAGCUGUGGACCAUGGGCAACUACCACUACUACUUGAAACAAGAAUUGCCAAUCGUGGUCUCGCCCGAGCAGCCGCUGGCCUUUUCGUUCCGCUGGCACCAGGAAAAGACCUUGCGCUUCGUUGCAGCUUCACCCUGCUCGAUUCUAGACGCAGAUUGGGUUUUUGAUGUCUCUCACGGCUCUACAACUAUCCCUGACGACGUCGGUGCUGUCGCUGUCAUUGAUGGAAGGAUUCUGAAGUUGACGCCGUUGAGACUGGCGGGAGUGCCACCUCCGAUGGCCCACUGUGAGAUAACUGUGGAUUCAAAUAUCGUCGAUGCCUGUUUUAGUCGUUCAGGCUCGCGGAUCGCAGUUCUCACGAGAGAUAACUUCUCGGUGUUCGCGUGGUCGUUGAAGAAGAGACCCGUUCCUACGCCACUGCUUGAAUCAAGCUAUCCUUUGCCAGAAGCAGCCCAAAGCCGACCGAGACAGAUCGCCUUCCUGAACGACAAUGAAGUGUACAUUUUGAACCACUUUGACCCGUACCAGCGUCGAAUUGAAAGAACGACGUUGGAGACCCGCGAGACAAAAGUGGUAUAUGAGGCGGCAGAAGCAGAGCAUUUCCAUCGCAUUUUCCCAAGCCUGGGCCAUGAGAAACUAUGGUUUUCCAAGUCUUCUCGUGCGGGAGUGCCGAUCUCCUAUUCCUAUGGCGUCCCACGUUCCGGGAACGAGUUUCACAUUACUGUCUGGGAUAAUUCCCCAGGCGUCGACACCUUCUGGGCGGAGGCGAUUCAGAUUUCUGAUGAUGAGGAUGCUUUGGUCACAAUGUCUAGAACCGGCGCUCUUUACGCAAAUAAACGCCUUUUGGCUAAGAACUGCUCUUCCUUUAUGCUUACGCCAGCCCAUGUUGUCUUUACGACCACCCAGCAUCUCAUCAAGUUCGUCCACAUCACCAGCGUCGAAAACAUGGAGGUGCCCGAAGACACACCGGAGACCGAUGAGCGGUGCAGAAACAUCGAACGAGGCGGACGCCUGGUGACGGUGACGCCGUCAUCAUUUGCUGUUACGCUGCAGAUGCCGCGAGGCAAUCUGGAGACCAUCUACCCGCGGGCACUUGUCCUGGCCGCCAUUCGCAGCUUCAUUGACAGAAAGGACUAUCGCUCGGCGUACCUUGCCUGCCGAAGCCAGAUGGUGGACAUGAAUAUUCUCCACGAUUACGCACCGAAUCAGUUCAUGGAGAAUGUUCCGUUGUUUAUCGAGCAGGUCAAGAAAGUGGAAUUCAUCGAUGAAUUCCUUACCCGCUUAAAGGAGGAAGAUGUGUCUCAAACAUUGUAUAAGGAUACCUUGAAGGCGUCCAAGGGCGAGGCCGGGGCCGCCGCGCAAGCAAAUAUCCAAGCGAAGGCCAACAAGGGAAGCAAGGUCAACCGCAUCUGCGACGCUUUCUUGACAGCCCUCAGAAACAAGAUCGAUACAAACUUGCACAACCUGGUCACGGCCCAUGUGUGCAAGCGCCCGCCCGACCUUGAUGCGGGGCUUCAGCUUGUCGCACGUCUGAGAGAGCGAAGCUCUGAACAGGCGGAAGAAGCCAUCGAACACAUGUGCUUCUUGACAGAUGCCAAUCAACUUUACCACAACGCCCUGGGCCUUUACGACCUCGAACUCACUCUGCUGGUUGCCCAGCAAGCUCAAAUGGACCCGAGAGAAUAUCUCCCGUUCCUCCGGAAGCUACAGCAACUGCCUGAGCUGCGCCGACGCUUCGAGAUCGAUAACCACCUCGGCCGGUUCGCCAAAGCGUUGAAGCAUCUCCACGCCCUCAGUGCGUACGACGAGCUCAAGCAAUAUGCCAUCAAGCAUUCUCUCUACCGGGAGGCCCUGGAACUGUACAAGUAUCAGCCAGAGCAGCUCCGGGAGAUGACCCAGCUGUACGCCGAUUACCUGUACGAGCAAUCCAACUACAAGGAAGCGGCGAUAGCCUACGAAUCUCUCGGCCUCUACGAACCGGCCUACAAAUCCUACCAGCUUGCCCACCUCUGGCGCGAAUCCCUCUUUUGCGCCAUCAUGGUGCCUCUAUCCGAGACCGAGUUGCAGAAUCACGCUCUCAACCUGGCCACCACCCUGACGGAAGCGAACAAGGACUAUGUUUCAGCAGCAUAUAUCUACGCAGAACACUUGAAGGACAUCCCCACGGCAGCGCGCCUCUUCUGCCGCGGCUCCCGCUUCGCUGACGCCACACGGCUACUGGCGCUGAACGGCCAGCAGUCUCUGAUCCCGGAGAUCGUGGACACGGGCCUGGCAGACGCAAUGGGCUCGACGACCGACUUCCUGGCCGACUGCAAGGCGCAGCUCCAGGCGCAGGUGCCGCGCAUCCGCGAACUGCGCGAGAAACGGGCCACCGACCCGCUGGCUUUCUUCGGCGGCGAUCCAUCAUCGAACGAGUUUGGUGGCGACGUGCCGGACAACGUGUCGCUCGCGCCGACGGACGUUUCCACCGCUGCGGGGAGCAUGUUCACGCGGUACACGGGCGGGACGGCCAUGUCGCGACGGACGUCGAAGACGCGACGACGGGAGGAGCGCAAGCGGGCGAAAGGCAAAAGGGGCACGGUCUACGAGGAGGAGUACCUGGUGAACAGCGUGCGGCGGCUCAUCGAGCGGGUCAACAGCACGAUUGACGAGGUGCAGGGGCUGGUCGAGGCGCUCCUGCGGCGCGGGAUGAGGGAGCGCGCCGCGGCGGUGCAGAAGGCGCUGGAGGAAGUCCUUUCCAUGUGCCGAGACUGUCGGGAAGAGGUGUUUGAGGAAGCGACUCAAAGGGAGAAAGAGAUGCAGGCGGCUGCGGCUGCACCAUCCGCAGACGCUGCUGCUGCUGGUCAGGGAGAAGAGGAUACUCGACCCCCUCCCGUCGGCGGAGAUGCAGUCCUGUGGGACAGUAUCCAGGGACUUAACCCAGAUCGUCGUGUAGCGCCUCUGGUGCGGGAGUUCAAGAAGCUGGAUCUCCUGGGCUGA